CAUUAUCGUAUCGUAUAACCUAAAAUUAUAAAUGAUAAAACAUUUAAAUUAUUUUUAGAUUAAGAUCUACGUUCAAUUUAAUAAAAUGAAUAAAUUCAAAGUUCUAAUGCGCUUAUAUAUGCCUGCUCCAUUAUACUGUGUGAGACUGUUCUCGUGUGCAAAGUCAAUCAAUUUUGUUUAUCCCGUACUCGAGCAACAAAGUUAUUUAACAUUAUUCGCUUCAUACAGGUCUAAAGCUAGAGAAAAUGUUGAAGUAAAAAGUAAUGUUAAUAAAUUUAAGGAGCUGUUAAUUCUUAAAAUGGGUUUUAAAUCACCUAGUGAUGCAUUGCCCUUUUACGACUUAGACACAACAACUGUGAUGAAGCUUGCCAAAUGCAUAGAAAAGGAUAAAGCGACAGGCUUUUGUGAAAACAGGCUGUACUAUAUUGCUGAAAGAAUCAAGUGUCCCCCUGCAAUAUUAAGCCCCAAAUUGGCUAAAAGAGAUUUCAUUUACACCAUGUCGGCUGAUUGGCUUGAAAACUCAUUGAAAGUACUACUAGAAAUGGGAGUACCUGGAGAUAGAAUUUUGAGAGAUCUGUGGGUCCUAAAAUAUCACCCAACCACUAUCAGAGAGAGAUUACAAAGAGUGAAAGACACUGGUGUAAAAAACCUUUACCCAUGGAUGGUUCGUUGUUCUGAAAAUAUAUUGGAAAGGUCAAUACAAAUAUCCAAAGACGCGAAAAGUAUUUUGGGAGAUAGCAUGUCUACACAAAAUUAUUUAGCAAACAGACUAAAUAUAACAACAGAGACAGUUGAAGACAUGUGUGUUAAACUACCUGCACUCAAAACUAUUCGUGUUACAAAGUUAAAAAGCUUCUUGGAUUUCCUGAUAGAGGAAGGAUUUCCUGUCCACGAGAUAGCCGACAAGCCGCGAGUACUGACAGCUUCACAAACAACAGUGAAGCAACGAUUGGAAAAGUUACGCAAAAUGGGGCUACAAUACAUAAAUCUAAAUAUUCUUUGUAGGAGUCGUAAGGACUUUAAAAAGUAUUGUGAUAUAUUUGAAUCAACUAUAAAAUAAAUAUUGUGCCCAUAGCA